GUUUGUAAAGCUAGGCCCAGGCGGCCAGAACUGGGACCUGGAGAUCUAAAUUCAACAAGGUUGGCAUUGAGAGAUGCACGGGAUGUAAUUCAUUGACUUGAAGCCUCCUUUAUUUCAAGCCAUCAAGAGCUCACACCAAGCUAGCAGCAUUUCUGGAUGCAAGAAGAGUACCAUGAUUCAAUGAUGAACAAUAACCAGGACCGAGCCAAAAGGUGUUCUGAGCGGCUGUGUGGCUUUCCAAAGCGAUGUAGCAAGAUGUGCAAACAGAUUACGAUCGGAAUUUGUGUGUGGCCAUGGCGAUGAGGAUCCCAGUCCGGCAAAUGAAUGGCAAAGUGAUCAUUCUUGAAGUGAUGCCGAACCUAAGCAUCCGGGAGUUUAAGCAAAAGCUAAAAGAAUGGCAGCCGUGUGAAGACGAGGUCGUGCGCAGUAUGACCACGGUAGAUUUAGUUGUUGAGGGGCAGAAGUUGCAGGACGCUGAUGAAACACUUGCUACCUCCAGAAUUUCUCCAGAAGCUGUUGUGAAUGUUCUCUUUACAAUCAGCCCAGUUGAGUGCUCAAGCAGACAAGACUCGGGUUGUGAUGUGAGAGACCUGCUUGUCGUGGCCGUCCCAGAGACUGUAGCGCACAUCGCAGAAAGUGCCUUUCUCAAAUGUGUUUCUUUGGUCGAAGUGACAAUCCCCAAGUCAGUUGCUUUGAUUGGGGACAAUGCUUUUGGCUUUUGUAGCUCACUGCAGACUGUGGAGAUUCCAAACUCUGUGUCAUACCUUGGACACUCUGCAUUCAGAGGGUGCAGGUCUUUGGCAAAUGUCACAAUUCCGAAUUCUGUAACUCGCAUUGGCUGCUUUACAUUUCACGGCUGCAUCUCCUUAAAGAGUGUAACGAUUCCUCGCUCUGUGACGAGCAUCGAUUUCUUUGCCUUCGGUGGAUGCAGCUCUUUGACGAGCUUGACAGUGUCCGACUCGGUGACUCAAAUUGGAGCCUUUGCCUUCAAAGGUUGCAAGUCCUUGGCAAGCUUGAUAAUGCCUGAUGCAGUGACUGACAUCGGGGACUUUGCUUUUGAAGGUUGCAGCUCAUUGUCACGCUUGGCAAUCCCCAGCUUUGUAACGCGUAUUUCACCUAGUGCCUUCCAACACUGCAGCUCCUUGGAAACCUUGACCAUACCCAACUCUGUGACAGAGAUUGCAAGUGAUGCCUACCGCGACUGUCGCUCCUUGAAAAGCUUGGUGAUUCCCGACUCUGUGACCCAGAUUGGGGACUGUGCUUUCAGUGGCUGCCACUCGUUGAUAAGAGUGGUGCUUCCGAACUCUUUGAACCACAUUGGACAGCGUGCCUUUUUCCGGUGCAGCUCUUUGUCAAGUUUGACAAUCCCAAACUCCGUGUGUAACAUUGGGGUUCGUGCAUUCAAUCGAUGUAGCUCAUUAGAAAGCUUGAACAUUGGCAACUCAGUGAGACACAUUGGAAGUCACGCGUUCGAUGGUUGCAGCUCGUUGACACACUUGGCAAUCCCGAAGUCUGUGACUUGCAUUGGAGUUGGCGCUUUCCAAGACUGCAGUUCGUUAGCUCAUGUGAGAGUUCGAGGCCGGAAGACGAAGUGCCCUCGCAGCGCUUUCGGCUGUCCAGCUCAAUUGAGGUUUCGAAAGUCUCCCAGCCAUUCUUAGGGUUCUGGUCUUUUCACAGCUGCGAGUGUGAACAAAAAGGAAUUAAGGCAUGCAUUGCUCAGCAAGAGAUCACGAGAGGUCAGGAGAAACAUGAAUCUAUGUGAUUAAUUGUGGACAGCUUUUCAGCUCGGGGCUUCUUUGUGCUCGUCAAACAGGGUCAUUACACUUCGGACUAUUACAGGACUGGUUAUUAAGCUUUGGGCUUGAUCGAGGGCGCUCACCGGUGUGUUUGGCCAUAUGUACGGCACAUUCAUGCCUCUUGAGAUCUUCGAAGUGCAUUUAUACCAAAGUCGCUCUCUUCGAAAUCUUUCCUCAUUGAGCGAAGUAUUCGGUCUUGGCAGUGGCGCUUCAUGCGCACAGGUUCGAAGGACUUGAUGUCACUGUGCGGCAAACAACUGCCAAAGGACAUGUGAAAAAGGCAGCAAACAAACGCGCGAGUUUUGCGUUGCAUUUCCUAUGGGAUUUUGCUGGUUUCUCAAAGUAUCCAUAAUAACACUCACGAAGCGACGCCCUAAAUUUAGGAAAAUAUGUAGAGAUCACUGAGGGCUUUUAGGGCACCCAGUCAGGCUCCGUGCAUAGAU